UCCCAAUAGACGGACAUUGCCUUUGUUUGGCCUCGUGUCAACGCUCGGCGACAUACGAGUCGCGACAUUUAGGAUUACUCCCUCGCUCACCAGCCUCUUACGCAACAGUACAUAUCACCCACAGCAAUACGCCAUCGUAUGGCAUAGACAGAGCAUGCCGGCGUCAGCAUGCCUGACAAUGAAUCCCCCGCCGAUCAACCCCGAAAGCCUGUAGCGGAUACGGCAGCAGCAACAGCAGCAGAGGAGGAUGACCAGGUGACGGAAUUGAAGCGCGUGCACACCAAGGGCAGCGAGAAGCCUGAUGAGCCCAAGGCAGAACCCCCGGCCGCCGACGAGUUUGGACUUCCCAUCAGGCCACCGCGGAGGAGAAAUUACUCGCUCAACGAGCUGGAUAGUCCCGAGCAGAUCAAACAAAAGGUCGUCGAGGAGACGGAGGGGGAGCUGAAUAGGAAGAGAGCCGAGUCGGGAGCCGCCAAGUCAGAAUCGAACGAUGCUGCGAAAGAGGCGAGCAAGAGUGAGAAAGAGCAGAAAGAGAGUCCCGUGACACCACGCACCAGUGUCGAUGGCAAGCGUCCGGAGCACACGGACACCCAGUCCUCUGCUCAAACCACGUCCACUUCGCCUGUGAGUUUUCGGACUCCAGGCAGCCCCACUGCGGUGAGGAAACAUGCCGCCAAGGCCUCCGUCAGCACGAUUGGCGAGUUCUCGCACCAGCAAGUCGUCGCUAGAGACGACGUCGAUGAGGUCAAGGAGGAGAAGGAAGACGAAUGGCAAGACAUGCCCGCCAUCGCCACUCACCGCAUCUAUGAUGACUGGGGCAAAGUGCUUGCCAAGGGCGUCGAUGAGGUGGAAGAUGAGACGGUCGCCUAUAGCACGCUUGGUGGCGCCGGUAAAGGAUACACUCGCGUACAAAUGGAUGAAGAUGCUCAGAGUGCAACUUCUAUGGAUGACAACACUGCGUAUCUAUUCAAAGAGUACGGCCGCAGCAAUGCUCUGCUGGAAGAAGACGAAGGCCAGGCAAUGGACGCCAUGGGGCAGCUGCAAGCUACAAAGGAGCUGUUGACAGAGGGACAGCGAGUGGCCUACGUUGGAGUUGUCCGACUGUCUCUGGCUCAGAUGCAAAAGGAUUUCGAUCAGCUGGAACGAAUGAAGAACACGAAGAAGUUGGUGGAGCUUGCAGCCGAGGCAUUGAAGAUGUGGACGCAGAAGGUCAUGAUCAAGUUGUACGCCCAUAUGGAGAUCGACGCGAGGGAGCAAAUCAUGGUGGAGCAGUUGUCGGAACAUGGAGUUCUUCCGAGCGACCUCACACCUGCAUUGAUGGCGAAUGCAAGAGUGAAGAAUCCUACGGCAGCUUCCGGCUCCAACUCCGAGGUCACUUCUGCUCGCCCGUCAAUGGCUUCACCCAGACCAUCCAGUAUUGGGGGAAGGCCAGCAUCGACUGCUCACACCUCGCGCCCGUCCUCGAAACCGGGCACGCCGCUGCCUCAGGAUCCAGAGACCCCACCUCCGGCAUAUGAAGAGCACACUGCGGACCAGCUAACAAUCGAAAACCCCGACGACUAUGAAGAUGCGAAGAAUUUAGACAUCGACAUUCGAUGGACGGUACUCUGCGACCUCUUCCUGCUUCUCAUCUCGGACAGCACAUACGAUGCACGCGCCAGAGUCCUGCUUGAACGAGUCGGGGUCGCACUUUCUGUUCCAUGGCAAGAGAUUUGUCGUUUCGAGAAGCGGGUCACGGACGCAUUGGAGAUGCAGGAAGAAGCAGAAAAGGAGAAUUGGAACGAAGAUGACCACAUCGAGGCGCGUGCCAAGGCAGCGAAGAAGAAGCGUAUGGUGGUCAUGGGUUUGUGUACCGUUGGCGGUGGACUGGUCAUUGGUCUCAGCGCCGGUCUCCUGGCCCCAGUCAUUGGUGCCGGUCUCGCUGCUGGCUUCACCGCGGUCGGCGUCACCGGGACUGGUACCUUCCUCGGCGGGACAGGCGCAGCGGCACUGAUUGGCACCACUGGUACGCUCAUCGGUGGCAAGAUCGGGUUCGGAACAAGUGGCAGACGUACGGGGGCGGUCAAGACGUUCGAAUACAAGCCAUUAUACAACAACAAGCGUGUCAACCUCAUUGUCACAGUCGCAGGCUGGAUGACUGGUUCUGUCGACGAUGUCCGACUGCCUUUCUCCACUGUCGACCCUAUCAUGGGAGAUAUUUACUCAGUCAACUGGGAGCCGGAAAUGCUGCAAAGUACCGGUGCAACCAUGCAAAUUCUGGGCACCGAGGCAUUGACGCAGACUAUUCAGCAGAUUCUCGGAGCCACAUUUCUGACCACGCUAAUGGCAGGACUGUCUACUCCUCUGAUCCUGGCCAAGAUUUCCUAUCUCAUUGACAACCCAUGGAGCGUAUCCUGUGCCCGUGCAGAUUCAGCAGGCCUGAUUAUGGCGGACUCCAUCAUCGAACGCAAUCUUGGCGUCCGACCAAUCACUCUUGUUGGCUUCUCACUCGGCGCUCGUGUCGUGUAUGCCUGUCUCAAAGAACUUGCACGUCGCGGCGGGAUUGGUCUAGUACAAAACGUCUACAUGUUCGGCGCGCCGGUCGUGGUCAAGAAAGAAGAUUGGGUCAAAGCGAAAUCGGUCGUGCCAGGCCGAUUCGUCAAUGGAUAUGCCACUAACGAUUGGAUUCUUGGAUACCUUUUCCGCGCCACUGGUGGCGGCGUGAUGCGAAUCGCCGGACUUGGCAAGGUAGAUAUUACUGGAAUUGAGAACAUCGACGUCACGGAAGACGUGCCAGGGCACAUGGCUUACCGUGCGAUGAUGCCUACUUUGCUGGACAAGGUUGGUUGGAUGGUAGACUCGCUUGAGUAUUCGGAAAUCGAGGAUCCGGACCCCGACAACCAUGAGAAAAGACAGCGAGAACUGAUUAACGAGAUUGAGGAAGCACGAAGACAGCUCGAGGAACAGCCUGAGAAGAAGGGUUUCAAAUCUUUCUUUGUAAGGAAGAAAGUUCAGAAGAAGGCAUGGGAAACUUAUGAUGAACGAAACAUGAAAGUUCUGGAGGGUGAUGAAAAGGAGGCCCAGAAGCUGGCCGAAGAGAACACCAAUGUUAUGUUCGAUGUGGAAGCCAUCCGCCGCGAGGCACUCGCGUUAGCUGUACAGCAGCCGGGUGAUAUUGAAGAGAUCAAGAAGCAUCUCAGCGUACGAGAGCUGCAGUCAACACUGCCUGCUCUCAAGGUCGAUUUAAGCAAGCAUGACAACUCGAGCGGUGGAAAUACACCUAGUAGCGCGACGAGACCAUCAUUGGCACCUACGCAGUCGCAAUCCCACGAUGGGACGACAACAGUCAAAACAAGAGAGGUGUUCCCCAACGGCACACAUAAAGACGACAAUUACGAGCACGGCGUUUCCAUGACUUUCGGAUCACCCGAUCGAUCCCACACAUCCGAUCUCUCAAGAAGCGCUUCACACAAUGCGUCAGCGUCCGUGCCUGUUGUAAUGCCUCCUGCUUCUGGUAUCUCGCGGCAUGCGACACCCGAACCACAACGACCCGAAACUGCUUGGGGGCAGACGAGAGCUAAAUUCGGACCUCCGCUAGAAAGACAGAAUAUGAGGAGCGUGACCAGCCCGUUCCCUUCGAGUCGAAACUUUGCUGAAGAGGAGAUGGUGACAAGUCCAGACUAUAAUCCAUGGGGCGGCGGCGCGGACGCGGAUGACCCAGAUUUUGGGAAGGAGAGGGAGGUCAAGAUGACGUUUUAGCUUGUGCAUGAUCAGCAUCACGCGGGUUCGCAUUGUUGCCAGGUGGCUCGGUUGUGGGAUGUCACCUUUUGCAUGUGGAAAUUUGGAUACAAUCAAGAGAUACCCACGUAUGGGAACGGAACAUUCGGUGUUACGCAUUCAUGGGCGUAUGAGAAUGAGAUGUACUUGCAUUGUGCGGUGCUGUCAACUUCCAGCAUUGCUUCUCUCACGCGUCAGGAGUUUGCAUGGAAUGCUACACCUUUUGAACUUGCGAUCCGUCAUUUUGUAACACUUUCUACCUUUGCAAUUUGCAGCAACUUGGACUUGCGAGCUCUGGAACUUGGCAAUUGUUCUGGCCCAUCAGAGCUAGCUUUGCGUGACGAUAAGGACAAGAACGAUGUUGUUGCAGACAGACACGUUAGUCCUACGUAUGUUGGCCCCUUUAUUCCCACAACUACGAAUAAGUCUCACGCACCUUUUGUCGUUUCAUACUAGCACUUUCUCGUCUUUGUAUAUGGACACAGGGGCACAGGAUCCGCGAAGGGAGGUGAAAUGAUGGUGCAUUGAAGUUGAGACAGUCUGUCCCAUUUCAGUGUUGUAAAGAGAUGUCUCUCAUGUCGAUGCAACCAUCAAGGAGCAAAAUAAUUGAGCCUCAUUGUGAGAAGAGGUCAAAUCGAAGAACAGGUCGGAAACUCGAUUAAAAUGCGAUUGUCAGACUGAGAGUACUAGGCAUCAUGGCCUGCACUGUAGUGUACUGCCACGAGAGUCUUGAUCCCUGCAUGGCCAAAGCUG